UGCCAAGCGAGGUGAUCCAAGGAUAAGGAGGAGCAGGGAAGUGCCCCAGUUUGCAGAAACCCCGAGUGCUGUCACAACUGCAGACGCCUCCAUUGUGCCGCGGUGUUUUCCUCGUGGCUCCCUCCCUUUGGGGAUGUUUCAUUAAUCUCCCUGGAUCUGGCAGUUGUGAAACAGCAACUUCAGAAUGCGAUGCCUGGCCAAGGAUGGGUGGCAGAGCUGAAGGCAUCCGGGGCUCGCUGCAGCCCAAAUGUAACUCCAGCAACUUCCAGGGAUGGCUGGAGAGAAGGAAUUUCCACUCCCUGGAGCUCUGCAUCCCUAAUAAUCACCCCCAGCCUCCUGGAACGCAAGAUAUCCUGGCAAUGAGCAGGCUGCAAAUCAAAGCAGCUGCUCCACCAACGUCCUGCAGCCAGGGCAGGAGACUGGUUUGGGCUGGGGAGCUCCACCAGCACUGCCCACUUCACACCCACACAGGGGGUGCUGGGGCCAGUGAAGGCAGGAGUGGACUCGGCUCCAUCCUGGUAGCUCCAAAAUUAGAUCCAGCCCAAGGGACCACUGCCUUCAGCAAAGAUCCCCCGCUCCAGCGCACAGGGACCCCCCGAGCCCGGCCAGGACCCCCCUGUCCCCGCAGCGCUCGUCCCCCCGCAGCGCAAUGGGGAAGCAGAACAGCAAACUCCGGCCGGAGAUGCUCCAGGACCUGCGGGAAAACACGGAGUUCUCCGACCUGGAGCUGCAGGGCUGGUACAAGGGCUUCCUGAAGGACUGUCCCUCGGGCAUGCUGGACGUGGAGGAGUUCAAGAAGAUCUACGCCAACUUCUUCCCUUAUGGCGACGCCUCCAAGUUCGCCGAGCACGUUUUCCGCACCUUCGACACCAACGGCGACGGCACCAUCGACUUCAGGGAGUUCAUCAUCGCCCUGAGCGUCACCUCCCGCGGCAAGCUGGAGCAGAAGCUCAUGUGGGCCUUCAGCAUGUACGACCUGGAUGGCAACGGCUACAUCAGCCGGGAGGAGAUGCUGGAGAUCGUGCAGGCCAUCUACAAAAUGGUCUCCUCUGUCAUGAACAUGCCUGAAGACGAAUCCACCCCGGAGAAAAGGACGGACAAAAUCUUCCGACAGAUGGAUACUAAUAACGAUGGGAAGCUCUCUCUGGAGGAGUUCAUCAUAGGGGCCAAGAGCGACCCGUCCAUCGUGCGCCUGCUGCAGUGUGACCCCAGCGGGGCCAUGCAGUUCUGAGCCCCACGGACCCCCAGAGCCCCCCCUGCCACCCCCCACCCUGCAGAUGUCACUGUCCCUUGCCCAGGUCCUGUAGUCCCCGCUGUGCCCCCACAGCCCCUGGUGGGAUGAGAGCUGGAGCUUGGCUGGUAUUGGGGUGAGGGGGGCCCUGGGGACAGUCCCCAUCCCUGGGGGGCUCCUGCACUGGCUGCACUGGUGGAAGGGGGGCCCUGAGUGAGGACAGUCCCCCAGCACCGGGGCUUGGAGCAGGAGGGGACAGGCUGGUGGCCAAGCCACUGCUCAGGUGUGGGGACACAGCCCAGGGGACAAAGCCCUGGUGGCUGGGGGGUCCCCAGCACCCAGCCCCACGUGGAGACACCACCACAGGCAGCCCCUUCCCCACGGAGGGG